AGAGAGAGAGAGCGAGGGAGAGAAAGAGAGGAAGAGAAAAAGCUGAGUGUGGACGAAAAGAACUAGGGACUAAGGACCAGGGACUAGGGACUAGGACACAAUGCGUUUACAGCUGUUAGGGCUGCUCUGCCUGACGCUGGGCGCCGCCGUCGCUGCGGCCUAUCCCAACAUCAACAGCAACACACAGUCGAAGCAGCCAAUCUACACCUAUCUGACUACAUCGAGCACGUCCAGCCACAACCAUGAGCCAGCUCCCAGUGCCAUGCAGCCGGCCAUUGUGUAUGAGGCGUCUGUGCCAAAGCAGGAGACGCAUCCUGCCAGCAACGGCGCGGCCUCAACCACAGCUGAGGUGGCAUCAAAGAAAGUCAUCGGUUCCAGCUUGGUUUCCUCGGUGUCCGUGGUGCUCGACGGAAAUGAGCCGCAAUUUACGGAUGCCCUGGGCCAGAAGGUGCCCAAGCCGCAGCCCUCGCUGCAGGUGGCCAGUCCCAUAGAUCUGCUGAAUCCCGAUCGCUAUGAGUUCUAUACGUUCGAUGAGCAUGGCGAGCUAGUGAAGCGUCUGAUGACCAUGCAGGAAAUCCAGAGCAUUGUGGCCAAUGGCGACGGCGAGGGACCCUCGAUAAUACACACAGCUCCGCUGCUGGAGCACGAGCCGGAAAAGAAGGUGCAGGAUAUUGUGGAUAGUGUGCAGAAUGUGCUCAACAAGGAGGUGGCCAGCAGCUCCUCGAAGAACAGCUCUGGCGAGCUGUUGCCCGUGCUGGACACACCUGACGUUUCCUCCUCCUGGUCGCUGAUAUUGCCAGCCAUCUUUGGCAAUACGGGCGGCGAUAUAUUCCCCCAACAGAAGCCCCAGCAAAUUGUGAUGACACCCGAAUCGGAGGUGCUAGACACUUCAACACGAGCCGCGCCCACCACACAGCGAGCGACAAAGAAGCCAAAGCCUGCCAAGCGCAAACCGGGCAACCGACGCAAGCCGAGCACCAGCACCACCGAGAUGACACCGCAAGUGGUGCAGGAGGAUUUGGAUCCAUUGGAGUCCGUCUACACGGGCAUACAGCAGUAUCAGCAGGCAGCUGCCAAUAUGCACGACUUUGAUAUCGCACACAUGGAGCCCAUUUACCAGAAACUGCCCAGCACCACCGCCAGGCCAGAGACAACCACUCGACGCGUCUUCUACAACAAUCAGGAGAUAGUACACACGCCCAGUGCCUCGAACACCACCACUGAGCAGCAGCAUCAGCUGGCCAAAAAGCCGGGCAAUGUGCACCGCAAACCCACACAACCACAUCGCGUGAAGAAACCCAGCGGCAGCACGAGCAGCACCACUCAACCGACUGGCGGCAAGCAAAAGGUAAAGAAGAAGCCAACAACCAGCACCACCAGCACCACCUCCACCACCACAACCACAACCACAACCACAUCAGCACCCCCAGCAAAUGCACCCGCUGAGACCACAACAGCAGCACCAGAGACAACGACAACCACUCAAGCGCCUGUCUCGACCACGCCCAAGAAGAAGAAGCGCAAGCCCACUCGCACACCUGGGCACACGGGCAACAACGGUGGCAGCAGCAGCAAGCCCAGCAAACCAAAACGCAAGCCAACCACCAAGCCUAAACCACAACAACAUCAGCACCACCAAGUCCCUGAACAGGCAGCUGCAGCCACUGCACCACAGCAGCAGGAGGUUAGCACAGUGAAGCCAGCGCGUCCGCAUCGGCCGCAAAAGAAGCCCAAGCCCACAACGAGCACUAGCACAACGACGACUACAACUACCCUGCCGCCCUCCAUCAGCUCAACAACAACAGUUGCAACUGAGCCAACUGCACCACAGCAUGAAUCAGCGGAAAGUGCAGCACCACACGAGUCCGAGCAACAGGAGCCCGUGCACCACAAGCCCGUGCAACACGAGCCCGUGCAUCACAAGCCCGCUGCAACGACAACAACCACAACUACAGUGGCGCCCAGAACCACCACGACAGCUGCAACCACAACGACAGCUGCAACCUCAACGACAGCUGCGCCAAGCAGCAGCACCAGCAGCAGGCGGCCACCCACACUGCAUUAUGAGAAGCUGCAUGGCAAGCCCGCGCAUGCCAGCACCACUAGCAAGCGACCCACAACGCUGCAUCACCAGAAAAUACACGGCAAGCCUGUGCACAGCGCAGCAACCACUGAGGCUAGCAAGCUGGCCGACAUCUAUGGCCACAUCAAUGCCAAUCCAGUUAAGAGCACAACAACAACCACCAGCACCACACAUGCGCCCGUGUAUCCCGUGCCCAGCUACGAUGCGGAGGCCACCGAGAAUUUGCCCACAAUUGUGGCUGUGCAGGAGACGAUCGAGGCGGAUAAGACGCAGCUGAAGAAGACGCCGCUGCCGUUGCCAUCGCUGGCCGUGUUGCAACAACAGCUGCAACAAAGCGCACCACCACCACACCAGGCAGCACAAUUGUCGGCGGUGCAAAUGCUCUCCAUGGAUCAGAUUGUGCAGAGCCUGACACAGGAUCUGUUGGCUGGCGAUAAAAAGAAUGACAAUGCGGCUCCUGUCAAAUACGACAGUGCGGACAGCAAGGAGCAGAUGGAAACGUUGGCCAACAACAAGAAAGUGUCCAUCAGUAGCAGUACCACAACCUCAACAACAACCACCAGCACCACCACGACAACAACAACAACCGCAGCGCCCAGAAUAAGCACAACAGCUGCGACUACGCCGAAGCCGCUAACCGCGCACUAUGGCGGCAGCACGCUGGCCACCAUGCUGGAUGAAGAGGGGACGAGUACGAAUGAAGACAAGGAAGAGUCCAACGAGCAGCAAACCACGCUGAGUAGCAUGGAGGUUGGAGCAGGGCAGGAGGAGCAAACGCCGAUUGUGCUAAUAACCGCAAGACCGCAAUACUUUACAACCAACCAGGCACCGGCGCAGCCGCUGCUGUCCACAGCCAACCCGGAGCCGGAGACAACAGAGCUGCCCAGUCAUAUGCAAUUCUUGCUGACCACGCCCAUGGCGGCAUACGACGAGAGUGAGAUGGAGGCGGCAACCACAGACAAGCCCGCAGCUGAAGCCAAUCAUGUGGUCAAAUUCGAGCCCCUGUAUGCGGAUGUGCCCGAGGCUGUGGUCGCCGAGCUGACCGAGCAGCCCGAGACCAACGAGGAGACAACCACCGAAAUUUCUGCGGCACGUUUGCCAGUCACGGACCGCACCACCAGCACCACCAAUGCCGAUGAGGAGGAUAGCACUGAGGUAACGCCCAUGAUAGCCAAUCUGGUGCAGCAACUCAAUCUGGAGGUGCUAAAGCCAACCGAUCAAAUCUCCAUGGGCAAUUUCCAGACUCAGGCAGCCACGGUUGCCUCCACCCUGGUGGAUGGCAGCAAUACACUUGUCUCCGACAUCUAUAUGAACUCGAACGAGACCAAGGAUGAGCUGCAGUUCCUCAUGUCCGAUGUUAUACAGCAAAUCACACAAGAUGAUGAAACAUACAAGCCGGCUGAUGACUCUCAUCGUUUGACCAACUUUGCCCAGCUGAAUACAUCAUUUCUGUUGCCGCCAAGGCCAAGCACAACGGAGGAGCCGACGAAGCUGGCGACGGAGCAGGAAAUCACAACUGUGCGACCCAGCCAAGAGGAGCACAGCAAACAGGAAGCUGAGUACAUCAAUACGCCAGCACCAGGGCCUGCUCUGAUGGAGAGCAGCACAUGGCGGUUGCCCGUGUUGUCGCUAUCGCAAAUUUAUGCGCAGCAACAGCAGGACGAGGAUGAUGAUGAACAGCAACUGUUCGACUCGGAGAGAAUAGAGCUCCUUAAACCAGCCGAAGCAGCAGACAAACAGGAAGUAAUUGAUGAGAAUAAUACGAAAGAGCAGCAACAGGCGGAGAAGCAGAAGCAAACGGACACGCAGCAGCAGGCGGAGAAUCAGGAAGAAAAGCACGAAGAAGAACAUCAGCAGCAGGAGGAGAAGCAGCAGCAGCAGCUCGAAGAACAGCAGAAGGAACAGCAGCUGGAGGCAACAACAAUGCCGAUAACAGACACCACGGAAGCAGCAACAGCAGCAACGACUGAGCAAGUGCAGCAGGCGGAGGAGAGCAGCAAGGAGACCAGCUUGCCUGAAGAGGUGACAACGGUGUCAGGCGUGGAGCAGCUGCACGACGAAAAGCCAGACGCGCCGGAGCGCGAUAGCGAGGAGCAAAUGCCCGAAAUGUUGACAAAUGGUUACAACGAGCAAAUCCAAGCGGAAGCCACAACAGAACAGUUGGAGGCAGACACCACCGAGCAGGUGCCGGCAGUCGAGGAGCUGGCAACAGCAGCAACAACAACAACAACAGCAGCUGGGUCAACAAAUGUUUACCAGGACACACAAGAGCAAACAUCCAGCGAGAAGGAACAACAGCAAACAGAGAAAAGCGAAGAGGAUGCAAAAACAGAGGAGGUGAUGGAGGAGGAGCCGAUGCAAAGUGUCGAGGAUAGCGCCACAAAUGCUGCACAACUCCAGCCGCAGUACAGCACACAGCCUGCUGCAGUAGAGGAGCAGGAGGAAGAUAAGGAGAAGAGCGGGCAGCAGCAACAGCAGGAGCAGUCGACAACAAACAGAGGCGAGCUGGCCACGGAAAUACCCGGUGAUAUGUCCGUCGUCUCAUCCGAAUCGGACAUGUCGCUCAGCUCCGAACAGGUCACGGAAAAGCUCGAACUGAGCACAGUGCGCACCAUGGACCUAAAUGAGGAGGCACUGGAGGAUAUAUCCGAUGAGUUGACAGCCACGCUAACAGAGGAGGAUACCACAAGUGCACAGCAAUAUACGCUGGACGAUGAGGAUCCUUAUGUGAAGCUGGGCGAGACGACGGCCAGUGUGGUGAGGCCGCAGCAUUUGGACAGUACGGAGGAUAAGAGCACCCCUAACCAAUCCGUGGAGCAGCAGCAGCAACAGGGGCAGCAGAUCUACAAGGUGGAACAGGAACAGUCGCUGGAACAAGAACCGGAGCCACAGACGAACUACCAUCUCACUUUGCCCCUGGCCAGCUAUGGCAAUCAGCAAGCGGACGAGGAGGAUGACGAGGAUCAGACCGAUUAUCAGCUGCCCAUGCUUCUGCCCAGCAGCAGCACAACCGAAAAGGCGGCUACAACGACCAGCAGCACGACCACGCCCAAGCCCACAACUAUUACCAGCACCACCAGCAGCCCAACCAUCAGCACCACAACCAAGCGCCUGCACACGCUGAAACCCGUUUCGUACUAUGUGCAGCCCUCACUGCUCGGUGGCUACAAUCAGCUGGAGCCACAGCCGCCCAAGGUGCUGCCCUACAAUGCCAACACUAACAACCUAGGCCAGCGUCCGAUGCAACGUCCCGCCUCGCUGACCAAUCUGAUGGCCGCCUCCACGCAGGCAACACGUCCGCCCGUCAAACUGGAGCCAAGUCCGCAGAGUUCGCAGGGCUUGGAGGCUUCUACGGCGCGACUGGACGAGGAUGUGCUCUCGUUUGCCCGGCUGUGUAAUGAGCUGGCGUUUAGCUACUGGAAGGCCAUCACCUCGGAGAAGAUUAGCUCAGCCAGAAGCUUGGUCAUCUCACCAUUUGCUUUGACCUCAAUGCUGUCCAUGGUGUUCCUGGGCGCACGCGGCAGCACAUCGGGCGAAAUGAACGAAAUACUCAAGCUAGACGAUAUGGUUAGCUUUAAUCCGCAUCUGAUAUUCCGAAACAUAACCAACUCCGUGGAGCAGUCCAUGGAGAGCGACAUCGCCACAGCCGCCUUUGUGCGCGAAAUCUUCAGCGAUCGGGCUAAUGGCAAAAUAUUGCCCUUCUUCAAGGAAAAGACGCAACAGCUUUAUGGCGGCCAUGUGGAGGAGGUCAACUUCCAUGUGGUCAACGAUAUUGUGCGUCGUCGUACCAACUUGCUAGUCAAGCGGCACACAAUGGGCAAGGUUCUCGAGUAUUUGCGCACGAAUAGCGUUUGGGUAAAUGGUCCGCUGGCCACGGUGUCGGCGAAUCUCUUCCAGACCGAUUGCUCGCGCGGCUCGACAACGGAUCGCGAUGGCGAGAUGUUCUUCCAGGUGCAUCCUACGGUGCGUCAGCGUCGCCUGGUGCCCAUACCCGCGGUCCUCUAUCGCUCCGGCUUUACUGCCGGCUAUGAACCCAAGCUGGAUGCCACGGUGGUGGCCUUUGGACGCAUUCAGGACACGGUGAGCACCAUAUACGUGAUGCCUGGACAUCAGAGCUCGGUAUCGCCCACCGACAAUCUGGAUCGUCUGGAGCGCAAUCUGGUCGAGCUGGCAUUUGGCCAGGGCAAUGCAUGGAGCAACUUGUUGACCUCUCUGAUGGAUCGGCAGGGCAUGGAAGUACAGCUGCCGCGUUUUUCACAUCGCUCGUUUGUCAAUGCCUCGCUGGGUCUGCAGAAGAUGGGCUUGAAGGGUCUGUUCAAGUCGGACUUUGCCGAUCUGCGCGGCCUGACGGGCGCUGGCAAUCGGGACAUUUUCCUCUCGGACAUGAUACAGAUCAAUACGUUCAGCACUUGCGGCGAGGAGAAGAUCUCCGAUCAUCAUCAUGUCGAAAUGUAUCCGGCGCCGCCAUUGCGCAAACGCAACAAGGAUGUGGAUGCCACAGAUGAUGAUGCCUACGAUUCGUCCGAGGCAAUUGUGGACUUCGGUUCGCUGGUGCAGGAGUCCGCUCUGGGUCGCGGCUUCUACGAUGAUCUGCUCGAUCCCAAGUACUUGGAGCUGCCGCUGCCCUUGCGUCCCCGUCAGGCGCGUGUGCCAGAUGCUCCGCGGCUGCGCUUCGAUAAGCCCUUCCUCUAUUUUGUGCGCCACAAUCCGACGGGCAUGAUACUCUUCAUGGGCCGCUUCAAUCCGCGCCUGUUGCCAUGAAACCCAAGCCCCAGCCCCUUAGUAAGCUAAAAUACCGACAGAUACAUACAAAAAUAAUAUAUAAAAAAAAAUUGUUAAUGCCCACUUUGACACGCCCACCCGAAAAAGGGACACGCCCAUGCGGUCAAAGCAAUUAAAUAGUGAAUUGAAAUGCCUGCAAUUAAGUUAAUUUUAUGAUUAAUGCCAAUUGCUGUGCCUUAAUCCCGCGUCCCGCACGAUACGAGAUUGAUGUGCAGCAAAAAAAUAAGGAAAAUACUACAAAAAAUACCACAAAAAAUACUAUACAGAAAUAACAUGCAUUUUUUUCUAUGCACGCAGCAUAUUCAAAUAUAAUAUAAACAUUUUUUUCCCAGCAAAUGUUUGCAGUUUGCUGUAAAAUUAUUUUCAAUUGUUUUCCAUUUUUUCUUGUUUGGGCUUGCAUUUAUUUCAUUUGCAUUAUUAUUUUUAUACAUGCCUUAAACAGCAAAAUAAAGUUAAGCGAAUUGGCUGCAAAAUGCGAAUGCAAAUGCAAUCAUGUUUUGGCAACAACAACAACAACAGCAACAACACG